CAGAUAUCGACAAUGACCCUAACAGAGCACCUCCCUGUGACCCUGCUGUAUGCAACCUGCCCGACUGUUUCUGCUCAGAAGACGGCACCACCAUCCCUGGCGAUCUCCCAUCUAAAGACGUACCCCAAAUGAUUACAGUGACUUUCGAUGACGCCAUCAACAACAACAACAUCGAACUAUACAAAGAGAUUUUCAACGGCAAACGCAAGAAUCCCAAUGGGUGCGAUAUCAAGUCCACCUUCUUUAUCUCACACAAGUACACCAACUACUCUGCCGUACAGGAAAUGCAUAGAAAAGGUCACGAAAUUGCCGUCCACUCGAUCACCCACAACGAUGACGAGAACUUCUGGUCGAACGCCUCCGUCGAGGACUGGGCCAGAGAAAUGGGAGGCCAGCGUCUCAUCACCGAGAAAUACGCUAACAUCACCGACAACAGCGUCGUGGGCGUGCGCGCUCCUUACCUCAGAGUGGGAGGCAACAACCAGUUCACCAUGAUGGAAGACCAAGCCUUCCUGUACGACUCCACGAUCACCGCUCCCCUCAAUAACCCUCCUCUAUGGCCUUACACCAUGUACUUCCGCAUGCCGCACAGGUGCCACGGCAACCUUCAAAAGUGCCCCACCAAAUCCCAUGCCGUCUGGGAAAUGGUCCUGAACGAGCUAGAUAGAAGAGAAGAUCCGACUAACGAUGAAAACAUACCUGGAUGCGCUAUGGUAGACUCCUGUUCGAAUAUUCUGACCGGAGAUCAGUUCUACAACUUCUUAAACCAUAAUUUCGAUCGGCAUUACGAAGAGAACCGAGCUCCUUUGGGACUGUACUUCCAUGCAGCUUGGUUGAGAAACAACCCCGAAUUCUUAGACGCUUUCUUGUAUUGGAUUGAUGAAAUUCUCUCCAACCACAAUGAUGUUUACUUCGUGACCAUGACCCAGGUAAUUCAGUGGAUUCAGAACCCCAGAACCAUUACUGAGUCGAAGAACUUCGAGCCCUGGAGGGAAAAGUGUGUGGUAGAGGGAAAUCCAGCUUGUUGGGUGCCUCACAGUUGCAAACUCACCUCCAAGGAGGUUCCCGGAGAAACCAUUAAUCUCCAGACCUGCGUCAGAUGUCCCAAUAACUACCCAUGGUUGAAGGACCCUACAGGAGACGGAAUUUUUUAAAGCAAGUAAUUUUAGAGGACUUUUUAACUAGUGUCGCCAGCUAAACGGUUGGGUUUAAAGUGAUCUUCUCUACGUUACAUUUUUGUAUUUAUUAUUUUUUUCAAUGACUGGUAUGCGUGAUCUAUUUUGUUGUUUAAUUUUGUAACAAGCGAGAACAAUCUCGGUAAAUAAGAUUUAGACUGUGUAUAAUUCACUCUCGAUAUUAUCCUAGAAUAAUUAUAAUAAAAUCCAAUUCAUUGUGACUUUCACAAUGCUUAUUAUGUAACAUACGCAAUUAUUAUGUAUUUAUGUUAAACAUUUAGGACAGUAUGUUAGGUUUUUUUUAUGUAAAUUGACGAGGUGGAAUAAAAAUGACAAUUUUUUGAAAUAAAACGUUUUUAAGUAAA